AUGAUUGGAACGUUCGACUCAGUUCCCAAAGGAGUACGAGAUGUAUGGGACAGAAGUAUACUUGAAUGGAAAAAAGAAAAUGUGGCACAAACAAGAGCAAUGCAACGAUUAACAGAAUUGGUUGAACUAAAUAAUGUUGCAUUAGCUGUCGGUCCAUCUGGUUGCGGAAAAUCUACUGCAAUACAUUAUAUUGCCUUGCAGUUUGCUCAAACAAAAAAAUACAAUAUAAUUAUUGUAGAAAAUCUUGAAGAGAUCAAAUUCUUUUACGAUCCUGACCGUAAAAAUAUUGUUGUAAUGGAAAAUGUUUUUGGCAACGCAACAUUUGAUAAACAUAAAGCCACAAAAUGGUUUGAAAAGAAGAAAGAUAUCAAAGCUAUGCUAGACAAUAAUUGUUUUAAAAUAUUAGCGUCAUGCAAAACUCACUUUUUCCAACACGAAAUAGUAAAAACAAUUGAAUUCUUAUCAGAAGCCAGUUGCGACUUUUUAGCAAGAGACUAUUGCUUAACAGAUGAUGAAAGGCUAGAAAUUGCAAAUUUCUAUUUAACAGAAGAUGAAAUUCAACUUCUUAAAUCAUCAAACGUUUUGUCAGAAUUUGACUUUUUCCCUCUACUUUGUCAACAUUAUUCUCUCCAGAAGUCUAGUAGCGUAGUUGAGUUUUUUGCAGAUCCAACUGAUGCUGUAUGCAAUGAUUUAUCGCGUUUAAAACUUUUUGACCAAACCGCAUUGGCGACAUUAUUUCUAUUUGUUGUCUAUAAUAACAAUAUGGCAGAAAGUCUAUUUACUAUGAAAAUCAAAAUCAAGCCAAUCCUUAAAAACAUUGCUGAUUAUUUUGAUUUGAAAUCAAUUCUUUCAAUUCAAGUUGUAAAAAAUGAAAUCGAAAGACUAAACAACUCAUAUAUUAGAAAAUUAAACACACAAUACUCAAUGCACGAAAAAAUAUUUGAAAUUUAUGUUUUCUUUUUUGGUAGUCAUAUGAUUGACCUAACGAUCGAUUUUGCGCACCGAGAUAUAAUACGUGAUCGUUUUGUUAUCAAAGGUUUAUCAGGAGAUGUUGUCAAGAAUGAAAUUGUUGUCGAACUUCCGUUGGAAAAAGAAAAGAAAUAUUUUGACAGAUUAAAAAAAGACAUAGACCAAGGUUUUAUAAAACAUGUUUUUGCAAACCGAAACUUAAAAGAUUCAUCUUUCCGUUCUGACUUCAUAACGCAGAUAAUUGGGAAGGAUACUAUUGAUUCGUUAUCAGAUAAAAUGUUAUUUUCAUUGGUGUUGACUAUGUUGGAUCAACAUUUCUAUGACAUUGUAGCUAUUCUCCUGAGAAAAGAAAUACAAUUAGAUCGAUUAUAUUGGGAUGGUGAGACAGCUCUAUUUAAAGCUGCUAAAGCAGGAUGCUCUGAAGUCGUACAAGCACUGCUGAAACAAAAUACAGAUCCAAAUUAUCAUGCUUGUUUUAAUUCGCUUAACAGUUUUGAAAAAGCAUAUCCUAAUCUUACAGUUAAGAGCAUUUUUCGUAAUAUUGACACCUCUCGGGAAAAUUAUGUUCCUCGUGUCAAUUUAAUGUUUUUUCCCUAUAAAACAAUUUUUCCAUUUAGUUCCGAACCAUACAGUAAAAUAAAUUCAAGCUUUGAUAUUGUUCAAUCGUUCCUUGACGAUAUGUACUGCAACACACAGUCUCAGAUUAACCGAAUCGAACCGUACAGAAUAUCGCCACUUCAUAUCGCUGCUCAGAGAGGAAAUACAGAUAUAGUAAACUUACUAUUAAUCCAUAAUGCUUUACCUGAUUAUGAAAAUGACUGUCCAAAAAUAGCAUCACCCUUGUUGACAGCUUCAAGUAAAGGCUUCACUGAUAUUGUACAGUUAUUAUUAAUUAAGAAUACAUCUAAUUCUGAUGUAACUGAAUUAAGAAAAACGAAACCCUACCUAAUUGAAAUUAGUCGGUUAAAUUUAGAGAGUUGUUUGUUUGUAGCCGUUGAGAAAGGUUAUCAUAAAGUUGUUAAGUUAUUGCUGAAAUAUAAAACGGAUUUUUUUAAAUGCCAUGAUCAUUCAUUAAUACAAACGCCAUAUUCUCAAUUUGAAAAGCAUUUGGUUUGGAAUAUGGUUGCUAUUGCUAUUGUUCGAGGUCACGAUAAUAUUGUGCUGUUGCUUUUAGAAAAUGAUGAUUAUUCAAAUCUUAGCGACGUUAAAGAUGUAUCGAUUUUAAAUAAAGCUAUAUGUGACGGUAAGACUAAAAUAGUAAAGUUGUUAUUAGAACAUAAUUUUAAUCCUAAUAUGCAUGAUAACUUGGAAUCACCUUUGGGUAGGGCGGUAAGCCUUGGUAAAGUUAAGAUCGUAAAAUUAUUGUUAGAACAUAAAAGUAAUCCAAAUAGGUGUGAUUAUAUGGGAAAGUCACCACUGUACAAAGCUUCAUGGGGAGGUCAUACGGAAAUUGUCAAGUUACUUCUAGAACACAACAGCGAUGUGAAUUUUACUGAUAGGGCCGGUACAUCUCUUUUGCAUGUUGCUGCAUAUCAAGGUCAUUUUGGGAUUGUAAAAUUGUUGUUACAACAUAAAAUUGAUACAAAUAUAUGUAAUUAUGACCAUAAAUCACCCCUGUUUAUUGCCACAGAGUAUGGUCAGAAAGAAAUUGUAGCAUUAUUGUUAAUGAAUAAAUGUAAUCCAAACAUAUGUGAUGAUAGCAGUAUAUCUCCUUUACUUAUGGCAACAAUGAAAGGCAACAAUGAGCUGGUGAAAUUAUUAUUAGAGUAUAAAAGUGAUCCUAAUAUAUGUGAUGAUAUGAACACAUCCCCUUUACUUACGGCAACAAUGAAAGGUAAUAGUGACCUCGUUAAAUUAUUAUUAGAGUAUAAAAGUGAUCCUAACAUAUGUCAUAAAAAAAAAGAAUUGUCUGCUAUGGAAGAAUUCAUAAAGAAAUUGUUAGAACGAAAUUGUGACCCAAAUGGAAUUAUCAAAGACAAUGAAUCGCCACUGUUGGCAGCGUCAUCUAAGGGUCAUACUGACAUCGUAAAACUAUUAUUAGACUAUAAUAGUGAUUGUAAUGCAUGUAACCAAGACAAUGAAUCACCUGUGUAUGUUGCAUCACGACAAGGGUAUAUUGAAAUUGUCAAGUUAUUGUUAGAUCAUAGUGUUGAUCCUUUUUUAUGUAACAAAGAUAAGGAGUCGCCUCUCCAAGUAGCUUCGCGUAGAAAUCAUAUAGAAAUUGUUUAUUUAUUAAAGAAUUACGAAAGUGUAUAUAUUCGUCAUCAUGACUCUACUUAG